UUUUGCGGCGAAUCGGUCUGGCAGUUAAACGGUUGUCGCGCGUCGCUGUGCAUGCACGGCCGAAGAGGGAUCUCCCCCAUUAGAGAACGUCCCUCUCGCGGAUGGUGAUGCACGCGCGAGAUCCCGCGACGGCUGAGAAACGCAACGAAUAAGAGCCUACAGCCGGUGGUGGUUUCGCCGUUCCGCAAGUUUCUCUUUAUACUGCAGCGUAUCCGAUCGCCGCGCGAAUUUUACUCUUGUAUAACCGCAAGCGUUUCACGACGACGGGAAGAGAUCGUUCGACAGCGACUAGACAAAGAUACUUUAAUGAAACCCAAAGGUGAGGAAGUAAAGCCUGAGGAUUCGGGUCCCGCAGACUUCGAACGGGCAAUUAAAGCAACAGGAUAUGGAAAAUUCAAUUAUUUGCUGCUGCUGGCGGUACUGCCGGCCAGCUUCUCCAGUAUUUUCUCGUCGUCGACGAUGUCCUACGUGCUACCGUCCGCCGAAUGCGAUCUCCAGCUGACGAUGUUCGACAAGGGGCUGCUGAACUCGAUGGCGUUCGCAGGAAUGAUCUGCACGGUGUUCUUCUGGGGUUGCGUGACCGAUAUGUUCGGUCGUAAGAAAAUUAUGUUCUACGGUUACCUGCUUACCGGUCUACUAAGUCUGGCGACGUGCUUCUCGCACCGCUCUUGGCUUUUAAUAACAUUCAAAUUUUUCGACGGCAUGAUCAUAUCUGGUCCAUACGCAGCGCUAAUGUCGUACAUGGCGGAGGUACACAACGAGGCGCAUCGAUCGAGGUCGUACAUGUGGCUUGGCGUGUUCUUUUCGCUCGGAAACAUUUCCUUGCCAUGUAUAGCGUGGCUUAUAUUACCUCAAAAGUGGUACAUCACAUUUCUAAGCGAAACAUUGGAGAUAAAUUCCUGGCGAGUUUUCCUAGCCAUUUGCUCGCUGCCCGAAUUUCUAGCGUGCAUCGCUCUUUUCGCUUUCCCCGAGAGUCCGCGUUUCCUUAUCCUGAAGGGCAGACACGACGAGGCAUUGAACGUCUUCAAGAAAAUCUACUCGCUCAACACUGGCAAGGAUCCUGACACGUAUCCGAUAAAGAGUCUGGAGGAUGAAUAUUCCGUUGAAUCAUGCGGGGAACGCAUACAGGACAAGCUACAUAAUUGCUGGAAGCUGAUAAAGCCACUCUUCUUGCGACCUAAUGUCUUCAGAUUAAUACUCAUAUCGAUGGUGCAGCUUGGUGCAACAAUAGGGUCAAACUCACUUCGGCUUUGGCUGCCGCAGCUGUUCGCGAUGAUCGAAAGUUACAAGAGUACUCUCAUGAAGGACGACAGUCACGUGACGGGUUUGCAGCCUUCAUUUUGUUACAUGUUGGGCCAGGAGAAGUCGCUUCUUAAUUCCACACACUAUGCCAAUGAAAAUAUGGGCAAUGUUACGACUGUGUGUGUUCAUGCGGAGUUGAAUUCUAGAGUAUUUAUCAAUUCCAUUGUCAUCGCCGUGACAGGCGUUAUCGGUUAUACUAUGGCUGGUUCUCUGAUUACUGUGAUUGGAAAAAGGAAGCUAAUGGCGAUUUGUUUUGUCGUGGCUGCUGGUUGUUGCGGCUCAUUGUACUGGGCUGAAGAUACUAAUGGUAUCCUCGGACUGUCUUCGGUAUUCGUCGCCAUGACAAGUAUAGGCGGUGCGACUGUUGUUAACGUCAUUGUCGAUAAUUUUCCUACAUACCUGAGAACCAUGGCAGUUAGCAUAACUAUGAUGAUGGGAAGAAUCGGUGCAGUAAUCGGCAAUUUACUGUUUCCCGUUUUAUUCAAUCUAUCGUGUUUAGGUCCAUUUGUUAUGAUUGGCUUAGCUUCUUUAGUAUCUGCAUUUCUGGUUGCUAUUCUACCUCGAAAAAUGACGCAAGAUGACAAACCAAAGGAUAUCGUUUGACCCGUCUGUAGUUAUAAUCUCGUCGAUUUCAUUACUCGCUUUAUUAUUUGUCGAAAAAUCGACAUGUAAAUAC